UCGAUAGUUUCGACUUUCGAUACCAAUGAAUUUCCUAAUUAUUGGAUUUUAGGUUAACAAUGCCGAUUGUGAUUGUGAGAUUACGGUUGUAUUUUAAGUAAAUUUCAAUACAUUGCAACAAAAAUAUUUUAAGCUUGUUUUUAUCUUUAUUUUGUUUAAUUUUUAUCAUUUCUGGAAAAGCAAAAAUAUAUUGAAUUUGGAAAAUGUCAUCUAAACGAAGAGCCGAUGAUGAUUUGAACCAUGAAAAUUGGGAUACAGAUUUGAAAAAAGAAUUGGCUGGUGAGUUUAGAAAGGCUUCAAAAGAUAUAAUUCAACAGCGAGUCAUUCGAACUGCAAAACGUCGAGGCAGUGGCUCUCCAGCUUCUUUCACAGACUCACAGGAACCUGCUAAAAAUUUGUUUUCGUCAUUUGGAGGAUUCAAAACAAAUUCUUCAAAUUCAGAGAAAGAUUUGAAGUCAACUUUCAGCUUUCUAAACUCGAAUCCUUUAACUACGAAUGGCAAUCAACCAGAUUUGAAAAAAGAUAUGAAUGCUGCUACGACACUGAGUUUGGUAUCGAAUAGCAGUAUUGAAAACAAAAGUGUGUCUUCACCAAACACUAUCAACGGUAAAAAAUAUCCUCCCAGACUAGUAAGCUUAAAUAAGAAUUUUUCGGAGUGGAUUAAAUCUCAUGUUGAUAAGGACCCGUCCUGUAUUCUUACUCCUGUAUUCAGGGAUUAUGAAAGAUAUUUGAAGGAACUUGAAGAUGAGUUUACGGAUGCAACUGAUAGUGGUGAAAAAAUGACAAAUUCUUCACUUUCACCUUCAACCGACUCGACAACUAGCAAAGCGGCGGCAGCACCACUUAGUUUCUUUAAAUCAGAUUCCAACAGCACUUCAACUAGCACAUUUCUAUCGAAGCCAGAUCAGGCUUCGUUAAUGGUGAAUCCUUUCACCAACAAACAAAGUAAAGGUGAAGAAUCGGCCGGCAGUGGAGCCAAGGGAUUCAGCUUUAAUGCCAACUCUCAGCCUUCUUCGACUCCUAGUGGAUUUUCUUUUGGAGGGACGAAGCCUUUCACGUUUGGGAAUGUGUCGGCAACACCUGUUAAUAGUAAUGCCGGUGAUGGUGAGGCGGAAGCCGAGGAAACAGACGAACCUCCGAAGCCAGACUUCAAGCCAGUUCAGGAAGACGACGCUGUCUACUCGAAGAGAUGUAAAGUGUUCAUAAAAAAGGAAUCGGGCUACGCUGACCUGGGAGUGGGCACUCUGUACGUGAAGCCAGUGGCGGGCGACAAGCACCAGCUGAUUGUGCGCGCCGACACGUCGCUGGGAAACGUUUUGAUUAACGUGUUGCUAUCGGCGGGAAUCCCAUUGCAACGCAUGGCUAAGAACAACGUGAUGAUGAUUUGCGUGCCGACUCCGGGCGCCGCUGCCUCCACCGUGUUGCUCCGUGUGAAGACAGCAGACGAGGCCGAUCAGCUCCUAGCCAACCUCGAAAAGUACCGAAACUAACUCACAUUCCUUCUGCACUCGUAUUCAUGUGACAAGGCCACUCUCGCCGGUAGCCAAUCCCAAUGAUGCUCUCAACCUGUGAGAUUGACACCCAGUUUCUACACACUUAUCAAAUCUAAUGCACUAUUAAAUCUAUGGGUUUAAUGAUCUAUUAGUCUGAAUAAGUGUCAAAUCUAAUGCACCAUUAAAUCUAUGGGUUUAAUGAUCUAUUAGUCUGAAUAAGUGUCAAAUCGAAUGCACCAAUAAUCUAUGGGUUAAAUGAUCCAUUAGACUUAAUAAGUGUCCUAGAAACCGGACCUGAUUAUUCAAUUAUUAUAUAGUUCCAUACAAAUUAUGUGAUCGAAUCGUUCAGCGUAAGAUAAGCGAUGUAAUACUUUACUUUCUUUUCU